UACACACUACCAACAUGCCCUUUGGAGACUUCUCCAAGGGUGAGUGGGUGUGGGUCGUGCCACGGGACCCGCACUCCAAGGAGGUGUACCUCGGAGGAGAAUGCGCUGUGGUGACCGACGACGAGGUCAAGAUUCGGUUGGCGCUGGGUGACCCGCCUGCGGGUGAGAGCCACAAGGUUACGGAGGUUGUCUGCUCAGACUCGUCAAAGUACAAGGCGGUGAAGAUGGCGGAGAACUGCGUGAGUGGCGUGGAGAACAUGAUUGAGCUGUCGGAUCUGCACGAGGGCGCGCUGCUGCACAACCUGCGCAUGCGGUUCAAGGCCGAUCUCAUCUACACCUUUGUGGGCACCAUUCUGGUGGCCAUCAACCCGUACCGCGACCUCGGGUACACCACGCUCCAGCAGAAGAAGGCGUACAAGGGCAAGGACUUGGACCCAUCGAUGCCGCCGCACCCGUUUGCGUCGGCGGACCACGUGUAUAACUCGAUGGUGGCCAACCUCCGCGACGGGUGCGCCGAGGGCAAGCACAUCAACCAGUCUGUGGUCAUCUCGGGUGAGUCUGGCGCUGGCAAAACCGUACGACCGGCCACAUUCUCGAGUACCUUACGUUUGUGACCGGGCGCGAGUCCGAGGUGCAGAACCAGAUCCUGGCGUCGGGCGAGAUGCUCGAAACGUUUGGCAACGCCAAGACCAUGCGCAACCAUAACUCGUCACGGUUCGGCAAGUUUGUCGAGGUCCUCUUUGACGACGAGGGCAUGAUCAUGGGCGCAUCGAUCAAGCACUACCUGCUCGAAAAGUCGCGCGUGGUGACCCAGUCCAAGGAAGAACGCAACUACCACUGCUUUUACCAGCUCUUUGCCGGCACCACCGAGGACGAGCGGAUGGCCAAGUGGAAGCUGAGCGCCGUGCCCGAGGAUUACUUUUACCUGGCCCAGUCGGGCGUGACAUUUAUGAAGAAGAUCAUGGACGACGCCGAGGUCUUCCAGAUCACCAUGAAGCACAUGACUACGCUCAACUUUGACGCCGAGACGCAGGAGACUAUCUGGAAGAUCUGCGCCGCCGUCCUCCACAUCGGCAACGUCCAGUUUGAGGGUGAGGACUCAGUGACUGUGACCACGCCCGAGGCCAUCGCCGGCGCCUCGCAUUGCCUCGAAAUCGACCCGGACGACCUCGACAAGGCGCUCCGCGAGCGGGUGCUGAUGAUGGGCGGCAAUGCGACGACCUCGUUCUUCAACUACAAGGACGCCAUCAACAAUCGCAACGCGCUCGCCAAGGCCGUGUACUCGGCCAUGUUUGACUGGAUCGUCGCCCACAUCAACGAGACCAUCGCCUCGGAUGAGGAGCCCGCGGCCUUUAUCGGCGUGCUCGACAUCUUUGGCUUUGAGCACUUUACCAACAAGCCGCGCCCGCUCCCGCCCAAGGCGCCCAAGGUCAUGCUGCCCAACAACCACUUUGAGCAGUUUUGCAUCAACUUUGCCAACGAGAUGCUGCAAAACUUUUUCAACAUCAACAUCUUUGAGCAGGAAAAGGCCAUCUACCAGGCCGAGAACAUCCCGCUCGACGACAUCCGCUUCCAGAACAACGACCUCUGCAUUGCCCUCGUUCAGGAGAAGGACGGCAUCAUCGACAUCAUGAACGACUGCUCCAAGCCGCGCCCGCCGACAACCUGGCAGCAGUUCCGCGACCGCCUACUCCAGGCCCACUGCUCGGGCGCAAACUGGGAACCCAACCCCAACAAGGACUACGACUUUCGGGAGAAUCGCUCCGAGUACCUCGACAAGAUCACCAAGCAAGACAAGUGGAAGACCGACAUGACCGACAUCAUCCUCCACCACUACGCCGGCCCCGUCCAGUACACCAUCGGAUCGGACGAUCCCGACGCCCCGCAGGACUGGCUUGCCAAGAACAAGGACAAGCUCUCCGACGACCUCAUCCAGCUCAUCAAGAAGAGUGCAAAUCCGCUCAUUGCCUCCAUCCUUGACUACGCCCCGCAGUCGGACGACCGCAACCCGACCGUUGCCCGCCGCUUCCAGUCCUCGCUGCAGGAGCUCAUCGGUAAGCUCACCGCCACUGAUGCGCUGUUUGUGCGGACCAUCAAGCCGAACGGCCGGAAGAAGCCCAAGUUUUUCGAGGACGACAUGACGCUCGAGCAGCUCCGCUGCGCCGGCAUGCUCGAGACCAUCAAGAUCCGCAAGAUGGGCUAUCCGCGCAAGAACCGCCCGCGCGACUUUGUCGAGCGCUACAAGAUUUGCGUCCCACUCGACGAGCUUGCCGGCAUGGACUUUGAGGCCCAGGCCGUCUACCUCUGCGACAAGUUCAUCGACGCCGACGAUGAGAUGGUCGCCAACAAUGGUGUCCCCUACCGCAUGGGCACCACCAUGAUCUUUCUCAAGGACUAUGCCUUUGGCCAGCUAGAGGCCGCCCGCGAGGCCCGCCUCAAGGAGAUUCUCAAGAUGAAGCAGCGCGCCGCGCUCCUCGUCCAGUCGCUCUACCGAACCACCCUCAUGGUCCAGGCCAUUCCCAAGCUCGAGGAAAAGUACGAGAACGUCCGCCUGUGGAACGAGGAGAAGCUCCGCCGCAUGCAAGCCACCGGCAAGUCUGCCGACGAGAUCCAGGCCGAGAUGGAGGAGGAGCGUCGCGUCGCCGAGGAGAAGAAGCACCUCGACCUCAAGGCCAAGGUCUGUGGCAAGGCCGAUUCGAUCGUCAAGGUCGCUGCCGAGCCCGUCGAGACCGUCAAGGCCCGCAUCUCCGAGCUCCUCGAUGACACCCGCGAGCCCGGCUGGUCCGCCGAUCAGCUUGCCAACAUGCGCGGCCGCAUCCACGAGCUCGAGCAGGCCGAGAUGGAAAUGGAGGAGGCCACCCGCGCCCUGCACGCCGAGUUUGCCUCGCUCAAGCCCUCGCUCGACGACUACGAUCUCUCUCUCGCAGACGUGGUCAAGGACAAGGCUGACAUCCUCGCCGCUGCCAUCGCCGCAAACCUCGCCACCCUCUCGCAGGAGAAGAUCGACCGCGCCAAGCGCGUCACUGACUGGGUCAAGGAGAAGAAGCGCCUCGAGGAGGAAGAACGCCGCCGCGUUGCCCGGGAAAAGGCCGAGGCCAAGCGCCGCAAGAAAGAGGAGGCCGCCCGCGCCCGCCAGCGCAAGCUCGAGGAGGAGGAGGCCGCCCGCCGCCUCGAGCUCGAGCGCAAGAUGGCCGAGCUCCAGGCCGAAGUCGAUGCCAAGAAGGAGGCCCGCCGCUCGCAGAUCAUGCACAAGCGCGAGCGCGCCGAGGAGCGCCGCCAGGCCGCGCGUCUCAAGCGCGUUGAGCGCGAAAAGGUCGAGAAGAUCGAGGCCGAGCAGCGCGAGUUUGAGGAGCAGAUGAAGCGCAAGGAGCUCGAGGACCUCGAGCAGCUCGAGGCCGAGGAGAAGGCCGUGCUCGAGGCCGAGAACGCGGCUGCAGAGGCACUCGCAAAGGCGCCCACCGCCGCCCUCACCGGCAUCCGCGUCAAGUUUGGCGACAUCAAGGCCACCGUCAAGUACGUUGGUCCGCUCCCGUUCUACGCCUCGGGCGAGUGGCUCGGCAUCGAGGCCGACGUCGUCGUCGGCGACACCCCCGGCUCUUCCGGCUGGUGCAUGGGCGAGCGCUUCUUUGAGUGCACCCAGGGCCACGGCCUCUUUGUCCGCGCCGACAUGGUCCAUGUCCUCUCCCGCGACCCGGCUCAGCGCUCAGACCUCUUCAACGACGCCGAGUUUGACAAGCCGCUCGGCUUUGGCGACAUGGUCGACUGGGAGGGCCACCUUGGCCGCGUCCGCUACAUCGGGCCGACUCACUUUGAGGCCGGCAACUGGAUCGGUGUCGAGCUCGACGAGCCGCACGGCCACAACAACGGCUCAGUCGACGACCAGGUCUACUUUUCCUGCCGUCGCGGCCACGGCAUCUUCACUCGCGCCCACUCGGUCGACUGCGUUUCUCUCUGGUCGCACACCUUUGCCCAGCGCGUCGUUCAGGACUACAUCUCCGCCAACGACCUCGACCUCUACGACGAGUUUGACGAGUUUGACGACGUCGACGAGAUCGAGCUGCAGAACCUCGAGCUCAAGGAGGCCGAGGCCCGCCUUCGCCAGCGCUUCGGCGCUGAUUUUGAGAUGUCCAAGUUUAUCGACAUGUCCAAGCCUGGCCAGGUCGUCGAUCUCGACGAGAGCGACGGGUAGGCGGCCGGCCGUUGAGCUGGCGUCUGGUGUUAAAACAAAAAUGCUCCCCCA